GCAGCUCCUUGAGAAAGCAUAUAAAAGCCUCCAAACUCAGUCUGAGUACUAAUAAGCAUUGGAUUUUCAGAGACAAGACCGGAAGAGGUGUUUGAGAAACAGCAGGAAGGGAUGAUGCAGUCUUUGGCCUCCGAGAUUUACUUUGGUACAGGCAGCGGCUUGUGUUUCCGUGACCAGCCCAGAAUACGUACACUUUGGCCUCUCAGCCGCCACAAAAUGGAAUUCGAUGAAUUUGAGGAAGACUUUAUGAGACGACGAACAAAUGCCAUGGACAAGAUCCAAAACUUUGUGAGUCAAUUUCAUGAAGACUUCCCAGACGAUCUGAUGAAGACCAUCAAGCAUGGUCCAGUUCUGAGUCAAGCGGCAGGACCUUCGACAGCCGGAGUCAUGAAGAUCAGGGAACUCGACAAGAAGGACAAGUUUGAAUUGGCCUUGGACGUCCGAGAUUUCUCCCUGGAAGACCUGACAGUGAAACUGGUGGGGAGGAAGCUGGUUAUCACAGGAGUAAAGCAGGGACAGAAAGCAUGCAAGUUCACAAAAGAAAUCGACCUGCCCAGACACACUAACCUUCCAGCACUCACCUGCUCCCUCACCUCUGACAGCCUGCUAAAGAUCGAGGCUCCUUCACUGCAGCAGCCUGAAGCAGCUGAAAGAACUGUUCCCAUCCGCUUCCGAACAUCCCUGAACGUGCCGGUUUCGAACAGCCAGAAGACAGGACAGGACAGCACAGAGAAAACAGCCUAAAAAAAGGACAGCUACAUCUAAUUAACCCUUCGCUGCCCACUGACAUUGAAGAAAUUGGCAUUAAAUAGAAACGUACCCUGCAGUGGGAGGCAGCUUACACCAGGGGUUAAUUUAUACCGGAUCGCACCGGUUCAAAUCCAGUACAUUUUCGUCUGACAGUGACAGGCGAGGGAAGUUAUAAUGUUUGCAAACGAAGGACCGCGUAAAGAAAAAAAAACGCUUUCCUGUUUCAAUUGGAUGAAAAGGAGGUACUGUAAAUAUAUAUUUUAGUAUGUGAUGUCUAACAGUUAAAACAUGGCGAGGGAAUUGGUUGGCAUGCAGCCACCUACACCAACAAUAAAGACACGAAAAAUGAGAUGAGAGCUUGAGGCAUAUAUGGAAGCAAGUGUAAAACAAGGCCAGAAUAAAUAAAGAUAAUGCGGUACUUUUUAUUUUUUACAAAUUAACCUCUGGGUUACACUAUAGAUAAUGUUACACCUGUACGAUACAAUAACUAACCCUAUACUGUACUAAUGUAUUUAUUUGUAAUUAUAAAAAGUCUUUAACUAGAAUGAUACUGCAGUAGUUAUAAAAAGUUAUGAAGUAAAACAAAAAUAAAAAUGAAAGCCGAGACCUUUCACUAGGUGGCAGUCAUCAACCAAAUUAAAGAGAAAGGAAAGCGUUUCCUCUGUCCAGCUUGCGGCGGUUCAGAUAGAAAUUAAAGAUGUCAAGGAAGGCACCUCCAGAAGACUCGCGGGCCGAAAAGGAGCCGCUGACCGCGGAGCAGGUCGCAUUCAUCCGGAGAGUGGAGCUCGACCAGUGGAAGAAGAGCUCUAGGAAACUGCGAGGCCGGACUAUCUUCACGGGACUCGCUGUAUAAUAUGUGUGUUUCAACACUUGAUCAAAAUAAUUCAGAACAUAGCAUAUAUAUGUACACAACAUGCAAUGAUUGUGCUGUAUUAAACUAAGACACUUGGUUGUGUAAGUCAUCACAACCAAGAUUAAACCCAAGUCAUUAAACCCAAAUUAUUUUCUCAUCCAAAAUGUCUGUACUUUACAUAUUUUCUCUACCUUUAAAUUGUAAAUUGAUUGUAUAACUUUGUUUAAAAGGUAAUAUGUUGUACCUUUGUUUAGGACUUUGGUUUUACAAAACACAGUAAAUGGGCUUGCACAUUU